UUCCCAUUCCAUUUUCCAUUGGUUUCGUUUCUGGUUUGGUUUCGUUUCACCUUUGUCCGUUGUUGUUUCUCACAAAUGAAUUUGAUUUGGAAUUUGUUUUUUGUUUAUUGUUUUGUUUUGAUUUUUACUAUACAGUAACAAACAACAGGUUACAAACUGAAACAAAACAAGCUGUAGGCCUAUUAGGCUUACCUUUUGAUAUUGACUUCUCAGUGCUACGCUACGUCUUAUGUUGAUUACAAGCCUUAAACAGGUUGAGAGAGUAAAGGGAAUAAAACAAGAGAUUAAACAAUUUUAAGAAUUUAUAUAAUACAAUAGAAGAAUACAAGAAAAAAGAAAAAAGACUGGCCUAACAUACAUAGCAAGAUUUAAUUACGAGAACAUUUAAUCUUGAAUGAGAAAGCAAGCAUAUCAUGUAUCUGCUAUACAUUUUAGAAGUCCUACAACACAAGAUUACGAUUUAAAAUAUAUACAAACCCCUCUGACUAUUGACUUUCCCGAUUAGUAGUUUUAUGUGAUGAGUUUCACAGAGAUAAAAAGUGCAAGACAUGAUCUGCUAACUCACAAAACAAACUUUCCUCUCAAGUGUCCAAUAUGUGAGCAAAACUGUUCAACCUUAUUCACAAUGAAGGUUCAUAUGUUACAUCACACUGGAGAGCGUCCCUUUAAAUGUUUGACAUGUGAGAAAACCUUUUUCCAACUUAAUCAUGUAAAGAGUCAUUUGUUGGUACACCAUGGGAAGUGUCCUUAUAAGUGUACUGCAUGUGGGAAAUCCUUUAUAUCCAAAAGCCAUAUGACGAGGCAUUCAUUGGUUCAUACAGGUGAGAGACCUUAUAAGUGCUCUACAUGUGGGAAAUCCUUUAUAUCCAAAAGCCACUUGAAGACACAUAUUGCAAUGGUUCAUACAGAUGAGAGACCUUAUAAGUGCACUUUAUGUGGAAAAUCCUUUGCAUUUAAAAGCCAACUAAAGAGACAUAUUGCAAUGGUUCAUUUAGGAGAGAGGCCUUAUGAGUGCAUUACAUGUGGAAAAUCUUUUGCAUUUAAAAGCUGUAUGAAUACACAUAUUGCAAUGGUGCAUACAAGAGAGAGGCCUUAUAAGUGCACAUCGUGUGAAAAAUCAUUUACAAUCAAAAGUGAUCUGAAAAGACAUUUAUUGGUUCAUACAGGUGAGAGGCCUUACAUUUGCCCUACAUGUGGAAAAUCCUUUACAACCAAAGGUGUAUUGAAGACACAUUCAUUGGUUCAUACAAGAGAGAUACCUUACGAGUGCACUAUAUGUGGAAAAUUCAUUGCAUCAAAAGGCUAUAUGAAAAUACAUACAUUAAUGCAUAAAGGAGAGAGGCCCUAUAAGUGCACUACAUGUAAAAAAUCCUUCACAACCAAAAGUGAUAUGAAAAGACAUUCACUAGUUCAUAUGGGGGAGAGACCUUACAAGUGCUCUAUGUGUGGAAAAUCCUUUGCAACCAAUAGUGAUAUGAACAGACAUUCAUUGGUUCAUACAGGAGAGAGACCUUACAAGUGCUCUAUAUGCGGAAAACUAUUUGCGACUAACGCCGUUAUGAAGACACAUACUAGACAGGUUCAUACAGGAGAGAGACCUUAUAAGUGCACUUCAUGUGGAAAAUCCUUUACAACCAAAGGUGGAUUGAAGAGACAUUCAUGGGUUCAUACGGAAGAGAGACCUUACAAGUGCCCUUCAUGUGAAAAAUCAUUUGUAACCAAAUAUGAAAUGAAGCGACAUUCAUUGGUUCAUACAGGAGAGACCUUACAAGUGUACAUGUAGGCCUAGAAGAUUCUUUGCAUAAAAAAAUGAUGACAAAUACAUUGGUUCAUACAGGAGAGAGACCAAUAAGUGAACUCCAUGUUGAAAAUAAUUUGCAUCUAACUUUGUUAUGAAGAGACAUCUGUUUAUACAGGAGAGAGACCUUAUAAGUGCUCUACAUGAGGAAAUUCCUUCAGAACUAUAGGUGAAUUGAAGAGACAUUCAAUCAUAGGGAAGAGAGACCUUACAAGUGCACUAUUUGUGGAAAACUCUUUGUGUCUAACAACUUUACGGUGUACGUCCAGAGUGCACGCCAAUUCAGAUUCAGAAUCUGAUUCGGAUUUUCGGUGCUUGGUUAAUCUGAGUCAGAUAUUUUGUUGGUGGCCACAUUGGAAGCAGGAAAUAUGCCGCAGGUACUGACUCUGUAAGUAAAGAAACAAGUUAGUCGCUCUUAUGGAAUUGUUGGAUGAGGAAUUAACGUGUAAAAUUAUAGUGUCUGAAACUGUUGUGAAGUUACAGCAGGUGAAAAUGGUGUUCAUCAUAUUAUAUAUCUUUUCCUAUAGCUAGAAAUUAUAUAGCUUCUUUCUAUAUUACGUUGUGUGGAGCCCGAAACCACCAAACUUAUUAAAAUUGGACGUCACAUUGUAAGAAACUGGUGUAAUCUUCAUAAACAAAAAAAUCCUGAAGACCGUUUAGUGGUAACCCUUAAAGUAAGAAUGAAAAAAAAUUAUUUUGCCAUAAAAACAUAAUUUAUUGAACUAAAUUGUAUGCGUACAAGCGAAAUCGGAAAUCGGAAUGUGAAUCUGGCACCAGAAUGAAGAAUUCAUUCCUGCCUGCACACGGGCUCGGAAACCGGCAGCCACUACUGCCACUUCCAUUUGAAUGCAAGUGCCAUUCCUGCCACCGAAAAUCUGAAUCUGAAUCAGGGUGUACUCUGGAUGUACCGUUAUGAAGACGCAUACUAGACAGGUUCAUACAGGAAAUAUACCUAAGUGCUAUUUAUGUGGAAAAUCCUUCACAACCAAAGGUGAGUCACAGUAACUCAAAGUAACCAAAGAGGUUUGCCAUAAUGCUUUAGUUUUUUGGAAGCUUUACGUGUGCUCUUUGCUUGCUUUGGGGGUUCUCUCUAAAGUUACUUGAAAUUUAAGGAUUUUAAAAGUUGCCCUAUAGAUAUCCUUGAAUUUCACAGAAAAUAAAGUGAUUCUUAAAGUAAUGUUAAAAGGAGUAUUCAAUGAAAUUUUCAAGUGACUGAAAGGAAUAUCAAGAAGACAAGGACAUCACCUAAAGGAUUUUGUUUUUAAGAAAUGGAAAAAUGACUUUGUUAAGUUAAAAUGGCAAAAGAUAAGCUGUGUUUUGAUGUGCUAUUUAUAUGUAUAGGGUAAAUAGUAUUUAAUUUGUACUAUUUAUAAAUAUGGGCGCUUUCAUUGCGUCACACUGUACUUAUGGUGGAAAUAAUGCAUAAUAAAAUAUACUGGUCAUAGACAGUUAGUAUAUUUAAUUGUUAAAAGUAGUUUCUUACAGAUGCUUUAGGCUCCUGGUUUAACAUUAUUCAGAACUUUCUUUUUAAGUUUAAGGAUUUUAUCAAGGUUUGGUGCACUCGUGCCCCCAUAGAUAUCUAGAUGACAGUUGAGUGUAUUUGAGCAAAAUAAAUACAUUUUCGUGUUUCUAGAUUAAACAAAAAUUACAUUCUUUUUAAGACGAGUAAUCCCAAAGAAUUUGUUUUCGCUAAAUGUAGAACAUGUAAAUUCCAAUUCAAAUGAUUAGAUCCACUAACAUAAACAUAAAAAUAUUGUGAAUUUUAUUGUCUCUUGACUUGGAUCGAUAUGAACAUUUCCAGAUUGUCUUUAUGUUGCACUGUUUUAUUUACAAGAACAUUUUAUUUUUCCCUUCAUGAUUUAAAAAUAAACUGUUUUUAGAGGAAUAAGAUUGAAAAAAUUUGAAGAAUUCAUUACACACUAUUUCAAAAAUUUCAAGAUCAUUAUAAGAUGUAGAUGAUGUUAAAAAAUUUGAAUCGUCAGCAUACAGAACUAACCUGCUAUUGAUACCAUUAAAACUUUUUAAUAUAGAGGGCAUUCCUUGUACAUAAAACAAGAAUAACAAAGGUCAAAGAAUAGAACCUUGUGGAACUCCAUGUUUGAUGUUUAUUACUUUUUAGUUAUGUUUUAAGAUUUUACCAUUUGUUUCAUACACAAUCUCAACAUACUGUAUUCUAUUAGAGAGAUAUGAUUCAAACCAAUGUAUAUAACGUUCUGUUAUACCCAGAUAUUGCAAUUAACUUAAAAGUAUUUUGUGUGAGAUACUUUCAAAAGCUUUUGUAAGGUCCAUAAAAACACUAACUACUUUGUUUCCUUUAUCAACUGCAUCAAUUAUAGUGCCUGUGUCUGUAAAAUCCAUUAAAGUAAUAGUUAUAGACUUGUCUUUUCCAAACCCAAGUUACUCAUUAUCAAAGAAAUCAUUAGCUCAUCACAUCACACAUUAUUCGUUCUUAGACCUGAUUUAUAAAUAAUAUGAACAUAUUUGAUAGUGAUCAACAUAGAGCACACGUUUUUCUGAAUACACAAGAAUUUAAAAACUCAUGUUUUGAAGGACAGUAUGAGUCAGGUAUAACAAUUUUUCAUCAUUAACAUUAGAUCAAUAAGAAAAAAUGGGAUCAGUUUUUGAUUUAUUUUUAUAAAGGUUUUGCAUUUGUGGACAUAAUUAUAUUUACUGAAGUUAAUGUAAAAGAAACUCUCUGACAUUCUGAAAUUUUUAAUAUUAAGGGAUAUAGCAUAGCCUAGUGCUUAAUUUAAGACAAAUAAAAAAAAGGUGGAGGUAGGCCUAUUGUAAUUUUUAUUAAUGAAAACAUUUUAGUACAUGGGUUAGAUGUAAACAGUAGUCUAGUAGUUUUGAAAGUAAAGUAAUUAAUGUCACAAAAAUAUUUAUUUUAUAAAUAUUGUAGCCACAUAAGUUGUUGCAUUGUUAUUCUUCUUCUUGAUUUUUGCACAGAUCGCUUACGCAAAUCCGCAACAAUCCAUCAAAUAAUCCGUCUAAUUAAUUUUAACAAGCCUCCUCCCUCUUUGAUACCAAAGAUGACAUUUUACUCACUCAACACAGUAAUUUCCAACACCUCCAAACUGAAGUAGCCGCUACAACUCGCCAUGUGUGACCGGAAGUUUUUUCAAGCCUGCGAGUACGAGUGGCGAAUAAUUAUAGCGGCGAGUAAACUCGCCAUGUGUGACAGGGCCUUUUAAACAAAUUUUCAAAAAGAGUUUGAAAAUUUCUAGUUCCAACUUUUUUAAUAGAUUGCCAACUGAAAAAGAAAAUAUAACUAGUUUUAGAGUCUUGAAGUCUAGGCUUAAGCAUUGUUAUCUCAAUGAAUCCAUUUAAAUAUUGUUUAUUAAAUUACUUACAUAUAAUAUUAUUGUUUAAGUAAAAAUCAUUUAAUGCAUGUUAUUUACUUUAAUAUUGUCAUCUCAAGGAAUCCAUAGAAACUCGUUAAAUUGUUGUUAUUAUAAUUUAUUUAAUUAUUUACGUAUUGUUGUAUUGUUAUAUCAUUUUAUCCAUUUCAAAUCUGAUUGAAUAUUGUUGCCAAAAUUACUCAUUAUAUUAUUGUUAAAGUUGAGAAGUAUUUAAUGCAUGCUAUUUUUUGUUAAAUAUUUAUUUAUUUAAUAUAUUUGUUUCAAGUUCUUGUUAAAGUAAAUUAAUGUUAGUCUUCUAUAAAAAGGUAGAGUAUAAGUGGAAACAACAAUGAUAGCAGAUCUUGACAAGAGACAAGGAAAACCAAAGUGUUGUAUGGAUAAGGACUGACCAAGGGACAAAGUAGAUUGUUAUCAAGAACAUGUUUUUCUCUAUGAGCUGCAGAUAAGCAAAAUUGUCCUGGCUUUUGAAACAAGUUGUUUAUAAAAUUCUGUAAGAUUUUGUAAUUUUUCAAAUAAAUAAAAAAAGUUAU